AGUCUUAAAAGAGUUUUACGAUCCCGCGUACCAUUCAAUUUGAACGCAUGGAUGGACCGUACGUGUGGUGCCUUUUCCCCAUUCAUCGGCAGGUCAAGAAGUUCAUUUGGCCUAGUUUAUAUAACAGACGUGUGUUUUCUCUUGAGGUGGUGUUGCAUAUAACGCUUAGAAGCGUGGUCUCUAUACGUUAUAUUCAGAUGAAGGAAAAUUAGCCGUGAAAUAAGGCGAUUUUUUGUGCAAUAUGAAUUCGGGAACUGUCGUUAACAUCAUGGUUUCCAGUGAGUCAAUUUUCCUACCCGUUUUCUGGAUGCAGUAUACAGAUUGAAGUUUAAUGAAAUAGCAACCUCGGUUAGAGAAGAACAUACAUCUCCACUGCACUAGAAGAUUGCUCCUCCCGUUUCUUUCCCCUGAGAUGCCAUGGAUUGCUGCGGGGAUAUUUGCAGCAACAUCAGCCGCAGGAAGCAGCUUGGAAGUGCUGAAGAGGCCUUCGAGACAUCCCUCAGGCGUUCUUUAACCACAUUUCAGCUGACGAUAAUGGGCAUAGCUGCGAUGAUUGGUGCCGGUCUUUUCGUUCUCACCGGCGUUGAGGCCAAGGAAGUCACUGGACCUGCCAUUGUUGUCUCCUAUACCAUUGCCACUGUUGCUUCAAUACUGUCCGCUCUGUGCUACGUGGAGUUUGCCUGUAGGAUUCCAAAGACAGGAUCUGCAUACACCUUCACGUACAUCGCCAUAGGCGAAAUAUGGGCAUUCCUUAUUGGUUGGAACUUGAUCCUUGAGUACGCCAUAUCCGCUGCAUCUGUUUCCUCCUCAUUCAUGGGGUAUCUGGAUUUUUUGACUGGGUACCGGAUAACCAACUUUACAGUUGACACUAUAAUGGGUGGUGAGGUCUGGGACUUUUCUUACAUUUCGCCAUAUCCGAAUAUAUUUGCCUCUUUAUUGGUCAUUCUAAUAUCGGUUUUCAUAGCAGCAGGAGCAAACAUUUCAGCAGGGGUCACCGUCAUAUUAAUGAUCAUUAACCUGGCGAUCAUUGGCGUUAUAGUUGUGAUGGGAUUUACUAAAGCAGAUAUCAAAAACUGGCAAGAUUAUGGCGGGUUCGUCCCCAACGGACCAGGGAGCGUGAUUGCAGGAGCAGCAACCCUUUUCUUCUCCUUCGUUGGCUUUGAUACAAUAGCCAUGGCGAAUGAAGAGACAUUGAAUCCAAGAAAAAGUAUCCCUCGGGCUACCUUUAUUGCAAUCCUGUUAACCAGUGUAUGCUACAUCCUCGCAUCUGCCGCUCUAACCCUCAUGGUACCUUACACAGAUUUGGAUGAACAAUCGGCAUUCGCUGCUGCCUUCCAGCAACGUGGUGUAGAGUGGGCAAGGUGGCUGGUAGGCGUGGGUGCCCUUUGUGCAAUGUUUACUACAAUAUUAAUGAGUCUCUAUAGCCUCCCAAGGUCGAUCUACGCCAUGGCUUCUGACGGAAUACUCUUCGAAUUUCUAAGCAUUGUAAAUCAGCAUACCAAAGUGCCUGUCUAUGCAGUAAUAUUCUCCACAGUUCUCGUUGUCAUACCUGCCACGUUCUUUACCUUGUCCCAACUUGUCGAGUUCCUCUCCAUUGGUGUCCUUCUUGGUUACUCUUUUGUUGCCGUUGCAGUCAUCACCCUUCGCUAUGGACCUGAUGAUAUAAUGCCCGACGCCAGUCCUGGAUUGGAGAUGACUUCGCAGCAGAACAAAAAUCAUAGUCUUACUCAGACAGGAAAUGCGAAGUCCUUCGAUGACAACUCCAAGCUUCUUGACGCAGCGUCUGCAGACACACCUGGAACACUUAAACACCAGUUUCGUUCAAUACCUUUCCUUGGUGAACUUUGUCGUUUCAAACCGGGGGUGGCAGUCAAGAUCGGACUUUGGAGUUCCGUUUUCUUCCAGCUCUGCGCUCUUUCUCUCGUAGAAUUCGGGCACGCUGAAUUAGCUACAGCUAAAGUUUGGGCUAUUCUUCUUUUAAUUUUCUUUUGCGUUUGUUCACUGGUCGGCUUGAUAGUAAUCUCCCUUCAUUACCAGAAUGUAGACACACGAGAUUAUUACAGGGUCCCAUUCGUUCCUCUGUUUCCUUGGCUUGCUAUUUUGGUCAAUAUAUUACUUCUACUGAAACUAAAACCGAUCACGUGGUUACGAUUCCUGGUCUGGGUCGUCGUGGGUAUAUUCAUUUACAUGACAUACGGCUAUCGGCACAGUAAAGCAGGGAGGAUCUCACCCCAGAGAUUUGAUAAUGAUGACCUAGAUGCUGGAAACCAUGGCAACGGAUCUACAGAGAAUGCUGCAUCAUAUGGAAGUACCGAUUAGGGAUCAAAAGAGGGAACUUCAGGCAUUCGACUGUUGUAACUACCUUCCAGGGGAAUAUCCUAAUUCAUCAGUGGCCCGUAUUCUGAAGUCAGGUCUAACUGGGACCAUGGUCUCACUCUAUGUUAAAAUCGUGGGAGCCAAAAACUAAAAAAGAAGAAGCUAAUAUUGUAUCUUUGAUAUUUUGGUUCCCUUUGCUUCCAUAAUGAAGAAAAUAUUUCAAUUAUCAUUUUGAGACAAUUAUAAAUGAUUUGAGUGUCUUAAGAGUGGAUAAAUUUAUUCAAAAUAUUGUGCCCCGAUUGGCUCUCCAUAGUUAAAGGUCAAAUCCACCCCAGAAAAAAUGUCGAUUUUAAUAAAUAGAGAAAAAACAAACUAGCAUAACGCUGAAAAUUUAUUAAAAUUGGAUGUAAUAAAAAAGUUAUGACAUUUUAAAGUUUCGCUUAUUUUUCACAAAAACAGUGAAUGCUCAACUUAGUGACAUGCAAAUAAUAACAAUGAUAUUAAUGAUGAAAAUGAUAAUAAAUUUGGUCUAAUCUUUUUUCAUUACCAGUUUCCUUUAGUUGGAACCAUGUAUUUUAUUUUAAGUUGCAUUUAAUUGUGGAUAAUAGAAUUGGACAAUUUAGUUUUAAAUUUUUGAACAAGAUUUACCCUCAAGAGACAAUUUAUUUCAGUGGCAUGUAGUAGAAAACAACUCAUGUAACAUUUGCGGAGAAGUUGAUACCACUUUUCAUUUCAUACUGUAUUGUAAAUAUAUUCAAUUUUUUGGAAAAUUAUAGAAAGGUUGGUAUUUUAUAUUUUCAAGAUUACCAUUUCUAUAGAUGAAAAAACAUUAAUCAUAGGUUAUGAUCUGCAAAGUUCCAGCAAUUUAUUUUAUAUUUUCAAGAUUACUAUUUCUAUAGAUGAAAACACAUUAAUCAUAGGUUAUGAUCUGCAAAGUUCCAGCAAUGUUAUGUGUAAUUUAUUUUGUGUUAUUGCUCAAUUUGUUAUUUAUCGAAAUUACAUAAAAAGCAUAUUCAAAGGAAAAUGAUAUGAUGCAAAUUCUUUAUGGAUUGAAUUCAAGCUUGCUAUGAUUAUUUAUUUAGAAAGUUUAUGUAAACAAAAAAGCAAGUUCGGAAUUUUAUAAAAAUGUGAUAUUCAAAAAAUUAUUGCAUUAUUGAAGUGAAUUGAUUUUUUUUUAUUGUUUUUUUUAUAUAUGUACAUGUUAUUGUGAAUAAAUACCUCGAUUAAGAGGAUAAAAGAAAAAAAAUAAUGAUAAUAAUACUAAUAUUAACGGUAUAUUUACGCAGGGUAGACACUUAGUUCCGAAAACUGUUCUCCUAGCGGACCUACGACUCUCCAAAUGAGACAGACGAUGAUGUAUCUCACUCACUAUUUUUAUUUUAUGAAUUACACAAUAUUUCAUUUAUUUAUACAGAUUUGACAAUAAUGACCAACUUGACUUAACCAUAUAGCAUUCUAAUUCCACAUGUUCAGGGAGGAAUUAAUCGUUGUUUCACUUGACAAUGAAGAGAAAAUUAGAGUAUUUCAUAUUUCAUAUAGUACAAUACACAAGAAAUGGUGAGUGGAUGACGUCGCCAGUCUCCCCAUUUGCAUACCGAACAGGAUGUGGAUAUAACUAUUUUGUGAAAUUAGCGAAACUUUAAGAUAUCACAACUUUCUCAUCCGAUCUUGAAGAAUUUUUCAGUGUUACGGUAGUUGGAUUUUUCUUUAUUUUAUUAAAACCAACUUUUUGUUGGGGUGGACUUGUCCUUUAAACUAAAACCUAAACCCAGGGUUUAAUUUAAACCCGAGUUCAAAAAACGGCCCACUGAGCUGAGGCGUCUCGAAAUCCCUUUUCAAAUUAUAAAGAACCUGCAUGUUGCUCGAACCUAAAGACUUGCAAUAAAAAGCCAAGGAAAU